AUGAAUCGCAAGAUCACAGCGUGCGGCUUUCUCUAUGUGGCGCCGCCAAAUCUCGACUUUUCCAUUCAAGCGCAUACGGCAAAGCGCUGGCAACGCCGAUGGUUUACCCUGUUUGACACCGGCGAGCUCACCUAUGCACUCGAUAAUAACCCAGACACCGUCCCACAAUUCGCCGUCGAUAUGGUGCGAUGUCAUCGCGUUUGCGAAGCUGACAGCAUUACAGGCCACACCCACUCAAUUCUUUUGGCUUUCCGAGCGGCCACUGAUAAAAUAGAGGACACCCCGCCAGUUGUCUACAUGAAAGCCGAUAGUACGGAAGAGAUCCGAUGGUGGCAAGGCAUGUUGACCCCUUUUGCGAAGGAUAAUGUGAUUUUAAAACCGCGAAAAUCGAUCGAAACCCUCGAGACACCGCCUAGCUAUAAAGUGGAACCAGCCGCUCCACCGUCCUCAAUCCUUUCUCCAAAAAUGUGCUCUCCAUGCAGUUCAAGAGACUCAAGUCUUGAUCGAUUGGAUGACAGUCGAUACGAGGGAACGAGACAUGGAACUGUGAGACGAGUCAAAAGAGACAGUGUUCUUUCGAGAGAAACCGAGAAGAAAGCCGAGCCUCAACCCGUUGCCCAAGUCGCAGCCACUCCAGUCUCAAAUCCAGUGGUGCAAUCUCCCAUUGUUGCAUCGACGAGACUCCGCGACUCCUCCGAGUCAACAGAGAGCAGCACAGCUCCACCUGCCCCGCCAACCUCUCAACCGCCUUCUUUGAUGGCUGAAUCGAUCAACUCGCGGAAAUUCCAGCCGCUUCCUAUUGACACCUCACUCACGCACACUCUGAGAAAGGGUUGGUUGAUGCUGAGGGGCAAGUCGGACAACGAUUGGCACAAACAUUGGGUGGUGCUGGCCGGAUUAUCGCUUAGACUAUACAAAGACGUUUGGGGAGAGGAUUCGACCGAGCCAUUGCUAUCGAUUGAUCUGGCCGAAUGCGAGAACGUCUACCCAAGUGCGUCGGCGAGGAAUUACGGGAUUGAGAUAAAGUGCAAACGAACGCGCUACGUGCUCUCAGCAAUGACACCUGGUAUCAGAGACUCGUGGAUUUCAGCUCUACAACAGAAUCUCCACGAUCCAUCUCCAUUAUAUCAAGAUACAACGGGUGGAAGUGAUGCCAUUUCGUUGGCCGACAGCUCAGAUGUCCUCGGAAUGCCUGUGAGAAAGAAACAUAUUGCUUAUGUGGCGCCUGAAUCUCAUCACUCGAAUUCGAUGAUGGAUGAGGAAAGUAGUACAGAGGAUGAAUUGCAAAGGAUUGGAGAACAAAGGAGAACGAGAAGGGAUUCGAAUAGAUCCCUUUCCUCGUGCUCUUCCCGAUCUCGUCAAAUAAACAAUCGUGGCUCUUUGUCUCCAUCUAUACGACGAUCACCAAUUGGAAGGAUCAAAGAGAGAUCACAAGAGGGACGAGUCAGAAAUGCAUCCAAUUCCUCAUUGGCCUCAUCGAACACAAGUGCAAAGAAUCGGCGACGAGUACCGCGAGCUUCUCCAAAACAGAGUGUUUCUGCUGAGAUGAGAAUUCGAUCGUUGGAGGCUCAGGUGUCUUCUCUGCGUGAACAACUCCAAGAGACUUCAUCAAGAUUGACGGAGAGUCGAUCGGAGAGUGACAGAUUGAGACAUAUGUUCACUGGAGUUGAUCCAGCCAACCUCUCAGCUCUCAGAAAAUCGCUCUCAGCAGCCGAAUCGGAGAUCACGAGACAACAAAAGGAAAUGGAAACUUUGAGAAAACAAUUCUCUUCACCGACAUCAGAACAAUUGAUUUCCUGUUUCCAAGAUCGUCUAAUUUCGAUGCUCAAAGUGCAAAUGGGCGCUUUGUCAAAGUUCAAUAUUUUCCUUGGAAACAAUGGCGAUGUUCGUGAUGAAUUGGACGAGUUGAUGACGUCACUUUCGAAUAUCGAUCACACCAAUAAGGGAACAGCAUUGGGUGAUGACGAUUGGGAUUGUUUACAACGAAUCAUUGAGGAGACAACGCUUCUCUACGAUAAUGUGGCUAAUAGUGUGAGAAGAAGGAGAACAAAAGAGGCUACAACUAAUACGGAAGACGCAUGGAUCUCUUCGGAAGAAGAAGAAGGAGUUUCGGAUGAAGAUGAUGAUAUUAAACAAGAACAUGAAUGGGAAGCUGAAUUGACGGCUGUUAAGUCGAUGAACGAUCAAUCUCUAAACUCUGUGCGCAAUUCAUAUGAAGAGCUGCUCGAAGAGCAAAGACGACAAUUCGAUGAUGAAAUUGAAAGAUAUCGAACGGAACACGCGAAAGAGUUAGCUGACGAGAAACAGGCGACAAGAGUGGCUCUGGAAGCGGUGAGAAGAGCGCACGAGGAGGAGAUCCGACAAAUCGGAGAGAAACCCCGACCAAGUGUCAAUCCAGAUGCACAACGGGAAAGAGAACAAAGACAAGGAAAAAUGAUCGAACAAAUGCGAGACGAGUUGACGAAUCUCUCAGCGCUCUACUCGGCGAAAUGCAUCGAAAACGCGCAACUCGACGAGAGAAUCGGCGCGAUUCUUGAGGGAAAAGAACGUGAAACAAAGGAGGAAACGGAGCGUCUCCGUGCCGAGCUUUCUCUCAAAGAGACCCAAAUCGAAGAGCUUCGACGCCGAAUCGCGCAUUUAGAGAGAAAGCUCAACGAUGAAGGGCAAAUAUCUUCAGACAAAGAAGAAAUCAGUACGGACGCGCGCUCAGCGCCUCAACUCCAGCAAAUGGCGCAACAGAUAAACAGCCAAGGAAUGAACGGAUCACAGUCACCGGUCAAGUUUAGAAAAACGCCGACAACGAGGAGGACUGAUACCCGUUUCCACUCAAAUCCUUGUGUUCGUGCCGUUGAAGCGAUCCCGUCAUCAGUUGUUGAGGAGACAAGACGAUCCCUUGCUGCCUCACUUCCUUUACCCGUUGCUGAGAGGCGGAAAUUCUUUGAGACCAUUGCCGAGUACAGUACUCCUUUU